CAACGAUAGCUUCGCGUUCUCCCAAUCCAAGUGUCGUGCCCUUAACACCAUAUUUCCCCAACCUCACAACACCAACUUAAUUCAUCUAAACCGACUUUGGACCACCUCCGAUACAUACGCCCUUGAUAUCCAUACACAUACAAUCCAAAACCAUGUCUGAAGAAGAGCGAUCCCAUGCGCUCCAGUCCUUCAAGACCAAGCUGUUGGAAUCAAGGGAAUGGGAGGCAAAGCUGAAGGCAUUACGGCAGGAUAUCAAAGGGCUGCAGAAGGAUUUCGAUCACACAGAGGAGAAUAUCAAAGCACUUCAAAGUGUUGGACAAAUCAUUGGGGAGGUUCUGAAGCAACUCGAUGAUGAGAGAUGUAAUAAACUCUCCUACAGCGACCUGGGAUCUAUCAAUGCUAAUAUUGUACUUUUUAGUUAUCGUCAAAGCCUCUUCCGGUCCUCGAUAUGUUGUUGGUUGCAGAUCAAAAGUAGACAAGGCUGCGAUGAAGCAAGGAACCAGAGUCGCUCUCGAUAUGACCACCCUCACGAUAAUGCGAAUGUUACCUCGAGAAGUUGAUCCGCUAGUUUACAACAUGUCACUGGAGGAUCCCGGUCAGGUUAGCUUUGGUGGUAUUGGUGGAUUGAAUGAGCAGAUUAGAGAAUUGAGAGAGGUAAUCGAAUUGCCAUUGAAGAACCCGGAAUUAUUCUUGAGAGUUGGUAUCAAGCCGCCAAAGGGUGUCUUACUAUACGGACCACCAGGAACAGGAAAGACCUUACUGGCAAGAGCUGUUGCAAGCAGUCUGGAGACAAACUUCCUCAAAGGUGAUUAAUGUGCCAAUGUGUUUCUGAAUGUGCUAAUUAAAUACAGUGGUAUCAUCUGCCAUCGUCGACAAAUAUAUCGGAGAGUCGGCGCGUUUGAUCAGAGAAAUGUUUGGGUAUGCCAAAGAACACGAACCUUGCAUCAUUUUUAUGGACGAAAUCGAUGCCAUUGGAGGGCGAAGAUUUUCGGAAGGUACUUCGGCAGAUCGUGAAAUCCAGCGGACAUUGAUGGAACUUCUUAACCAGUUGGACGGAUUCGAUUAUCUGGGAAAAACCAAGAUCAUUAUGGCAACGAACCGACCUGAUACCUUAGAUCCUGCACUACUCCGUGCAGGGCGUCUUGAUCGAAAGAUUGAGAUUCCUCUUCCCAACGAGGUUGGCCGUCUGGAAAUUAUGAAGAUUCAUGCUGCAGGCGUUGUCACUGAGGGCGAUGUCGACUUCGAGAGUGUGGUCAAGAUGAGUGAUGGACUUAAUGGAGCAGAUUUGCGAAAUGUCGUCACUGAAGCGUAAGUCACCUAUUUCCACUUGUCUAGUUUCUAUGCUAAUUUAGCUGUAGUGGUCUGUUCGCUAUCAAGGACUACCGAGAUGCGGUAAACCAAGAUGAUUAUAAUAAGGCUGUUCGGAAGGUGACGGAAUCGAAGAAGUUGGAGGGCAAGCUCGAGUACCAAAAGCUUUAGGUAGAAGAGGAUUGUAAUGUUUCUUACGUUGGCGCCAUGGCA